AUGCUCCUGGAGAAUUUCGAAGAUGAUCAGCAGGCACAGGAGGCACCCGAGGCACCCGAGGGGGAGAACGAUGGUGAGCUGGGCUGGGCCGUGGACACCGCUGCGGGCGGAGAGGCCGAUACGAUGGGUGAAACGGACUUCGAAGACUACGCGGCGGAGCUGGCCACGCGCAACGCGUGGGCCCUGGAGGCUGAGGUGGAUGCCGCCGCCGAGGCGGCCUUAGCCGCCGAGGCCGCUCUGGCGGAGGAGGCGGCCCAGGCUGCAGCCGCCUUUGGUGUGGAGGAUGAAGUGCCAGAUUUCGGCGAGGACUUCGUUCCAGAGAACGGGACUGCCGUGAUGGCCGAGGCGCAGGAGGAAUUGGAAGAGGAAGGCGAAGAAGAAGCGGAAGAGGCUGAUCCCGAAGCUCCGGUAGAGGUUGAAACUGAGGAGCUUGUGACGGCUGAGAGGACAGAUGAAACAGCACAAAGUCUCUCGCGAAAGCGGCCGAGGGAUAUGUCAGCGGAAGCGCAGGAGUUGCUGGCAACGGUGACACCUGCGGCGCUACUGGGAAAGCUGCGGCGUUUGGAUCCGGCCAUUUCCACGGAGGAGCAGUACAUGGUGGACGUUUCCUGGCUCCAAGAUGUGCCAAGAUGUGCCGUCGCGGCAGACGUUUUAACGGGUGACCUGGAGAGCGAAGCUCUGGCAGAAGACUUUCGCCUCACAAAGGAGUACUACUGCACUCAGGCCUUAGAGGAGACCUUGAAGCCCAUGCAGGAAGCGGUGAAGCGGGUGCAAAGCCGUGUGAACUUUCCCCAAAGCACGCCUCUGGUGGAAGUCCAUCCAGGCACCAUCAUGCUGGCAGACUCCACAGGCUGUCGCGAUAUCGCAGCGCUGCGUAGAUACCAUGUGAAGAAGGAAGUUCAUUUUACGGGCCUGGCAUUGAGUACCUGGAACUAUGGCAAGAUGAAGCCUGGCCGAAGAGAUCCGAAGAGUGAAACCAAGCUCUCCACCCUGAUCGACCCGCCUAUUUCCCGGAGUUGGAACCACCCAGAUUUCGCGGACUAUUGCAUCAUGAACGACUUUGACGUGACCUGGUCCUUUGCCUUUGGGAAUCUCACAGAUGGAUGCGUGCUCCUUCAUUGCGAGCAGGGUGUAAACCGCAGCUGCGCAUUGGCCAUAGCCCUCCGAAUGCGACUGGUUCGAGAGACCCAACAGCUGCAGGAUGCUGAGGUUCUCCUGAAACAGGCCUGGUGCUACGUGGCCGCACGAAAGAAACGCGUUUUGAUGAAUCAAAGUUUCCAACGCCAGUUGCUGCUCUUCGCUCGCAUGGGUUGCCGAUGGUUUCCCACCCUGGAUGGCGUGUGGCGCAGCGUGCAGGAACGUCAAAUGGCGCAGUUUCGGGCCUAUGCCGUAGAGGAGUUGGCCAAGGAGAUCGUGUCACUUGCCAUUGACUUUCCUGCAAGCGGCUGGUGGCGUGCCAUUGUGUACAUCAGAGAUGGGGUGAUGCGAGCCGAGCUGAAGAUGACCCCAGCCUUUGACCUGAGCAGCGACCCGAGCCGCCACAAAGUCACCAGCAGGGUGCAGACCUACGCAGCCACGGCCACAUGGCAACUGGGGAAGAUGUGA